UUGUUGAAUCCCCAAAGAAAGGUAUAAGUUAUAAAUUUGUAAGGCUUUAAACCACCAAUAUACUUAGUUUUUCUAAGAUAGUUUAAAAAGUAUUGAACUCAUUAAGAUACCAAGUAUCAAAGAAAACAUGUGUGGAAAUGGUGGAACGACGAUUGUUGAUUUGAGCAAUGGACCUGGCACUGAUCCUUAUAAAUGUAAAUGUCCUCCUGGCUUCACUGGAGAGAAAUGCUUCGUCAAAAUGUAUAAACUAUAUGCUGUCAGGCUUCAAGGAUCAAAGUCUUCUGAGGGAUUUGGUCGGGUGGAAGUAUUUUACAGUGGACAAUGGGGAACAAUAUGUGACGAUGGAUGGGAUUUAAAAAAUGCUGACGUAAUAUGUCGUCAACUUGGUUAUAAAAGUGCUUUCAAAGCUCUGCAAGGUAGUGAUGUUCCUAAUGGUAGUGGGAAAAUAUGGCUAGAUAAUGUUUAUUGCAAAGGUCAUGAGUUAUAUAUAUCAAAUUGCUCUAACAAUGGAUGGGGAAAACAUAACUGUGGACAUCAUGAAGAUGCUGGUGUCAAUUGUUCUAAAGUUCAAAGACCUUCCGUCAGGCUCCAAGGACCAAAGUCUCAUGAUGGAGUGGGUCGUGUGGAAGUAUUGUACACAGGGGAAUGGGGAACAGUAUGCGAUGAUGAAUGGGAUUUAAAUGAUGCCAAAGUAGUAUGUCGUCAACUUGGUUAUAAAAGUGCUUUGAAAGCUCUGCAAGGUAGUGAUGUUCCUGAUGGCAAUGGAAAAAUAUGGUUAGAUAAUGUUUAUUGCAAAGGUCACGAGUUGUAUAUUUCAAAUUGCUCUAACUAUGGAUGGGGAAAACAUAACUGUGUACAUGAUGAAGAUGCUGGUGUCAAUUGCUCUAAAGAUUCAAAACAUGCAGUGAGAAUUGAAGGAGCGAAGAGUUCUGUUGGAUUUGGUCGUGUGGAAGUUUUUUACAGUGGACAAUGGGGAACAAUAUGUGAUGAUGGAUGGGAUUUAAAAGAUGCUGACGUAAUAUGUCGUCAACUUGGCUACAAAAAGGCUUUCAAAGCUCUGCAAGGUAGUGAUGUUCCUGAUGGUAAUGGCAAAAUAUGGUUAGAUGAUGUUGAUUGUAGAGGUCAUGUGUCGUCAAUUUCAAAUUGUUUUCAUGCUGGAUGGGGUAAUCAUAACUGUGGACAUCAUGAAGAUGCUGGCGUAGAAUGUGCUUAA